AUAGCAAAUUCGUUUAUUGGUUGGAGUCAGCCAAUGAAAUGGGACGUUUUUAUGUAUGCGAUGACGUCACCUCAUAGAGCAGAUCGCGCCGUUUGGCGGUCAAUGUAGCAGUCUGUCAUCACGAUGGAGGCAUCAAGCAAUCCCAGGGUAGGUUUUUCUUUUUAAUAAAUUAGGACAGUUUCAAAAAUCAAAUCAUUAUUAUGUUUUCCUUGACUGAUAUGUAUCACUGAUGAUGACUACUAUCCACACAAAAAUAACGUUUUGCCAUUUGUUUAAAUGUGGGUGCAAAUGCUCAACAUAAUUUAUUAUUUAAGGCAUUUUCUUUGAUGUAUCGUAAUAAAUGACGAGAAGGUGAUAAGAACGCCAACGCGAAGUGUCACCAUGUUAUCACACUAAAUGGGGUUUAUUUUGAGACAAUGGCCAAUUGAUUAUGAUGUUACAUCCUGUUUAUUACACGUUAUAAUGAAGUAUUCCAGAUUGCCGCGAUGUGAUCUUUUUACUAGCUACCACUCCCCAUGCCUUUACCUAUUGAAAAUACUAAAGCUUAAUACUACAUAAAAAGCAUUGUUAGAUGAUAGAUGAAUUGAAGGAUUUACAUUUUUUUUAUUUUUUUUUAUUAUUGAUAUAUUCAUAUCAUCUUGCAGGAAUUGUUGUUGAACCAUUUAUUACAACGGCUUUGCACACGUCUGUCACUUUGGCUGGAACGCAUUCCUCUUGACAUUGACUUCUUAGAAUUUACGUGUUCUCAGGAGCUGGUCAUUUUUAGUGCCAUCUCAAAUCAGAUACCCAUUCCAGAUGAACUGUAUGAUGCACUUUAUCAAGUACACCAGAUAGCCAUAAGAAAUACUAACAUGGAUCCACACAUCAUGGUUUCCCAAGAGAGAGGAAAAAAUGGCCGUCCACGGAUUCUGAUUUCUGAAGACUCUGUAUCCCAACUGCUUACAUUAGGAUUGCCUGUGACAUGUAUUGCAAGGUUGCUAGGGGUGACCAAGUUUACAAUUCAUAGACACAUGGUGGAAUGGGGAUCAUCUGUGAAGGCAACCUACAGCAACAUUGCAGAUGCAGAGCUAGACUCACUUGUGGCAACAAUCCACACAAGCAAUCCGAAUGCAGGUUACAGAAUGAUGAUGGGUCUGCUGAGAGCACAAGGUCAUCGGGUACAGUGGGAUAGAGUUCGUUCUUCAAUGCAUCGAGUUGACACUGCAAGCAUUGUUUCCAGGAUGUCACAUUUAGGAUGUGUGGUUAGGAGGACAUACUCUGUCCCCAGCCCAAAGUCCCUGAUGCACAUUGACACAAACCACAAGUUGAUACGGUAUAACAUUGUGAUAUUUGGAGGCAUCGAUGGCUUCUCCAGGAAGAUAAUGUACCUUGGUGUGUCAAAUAACAAUCUGGCUUCCACAACACUGUCUUUUUUCCAUGAGGCAGUUCAGAAGUUUGGAUUUUCACUGAGGUAA